AUGCCUCGAAAUAAAGUUCGCAAGCAAUUUACGCAACCAGGAGUGUUCGAAAGGGGUCACAUAAUUGGCCUCCGAGAAGCUGGAUGGUCAAUUCGACGGAUAGCACAGCACGUUGGUUACACUGAUGUUACUGUUGCACGCAUUUGGCGACAGUGGACUCAACAUGGCACAUAUCAGCGUCAACCAGGCUCAGGGAGGCCGAGACAAACCGUACCGAGGGAGGACCGGAGGCUCGUAAGGCAAGCUCGUAACGAUCCAACCAGCACAGUUGCAGACAUCCAACGGGCUGUAGGACCUUCCAUCAAUCAGCCAAUAAGUGGUCGCACCAUUUGCCGACGGCUGCACGACGUGGGACUGCGCUCACGUAGACCGUUACGACGACUGCCAUUAACAGCAUUGCAUCGUCGGAAAAGAAUUGCCGUACAAGACGGACAUGGAGCGUCGAAUGGUAUCGCGUAG